AUGCGAUUAAACACCAGGGAUAUCACACAAUCAUCAGAAACAAUGGACGGGUUUAUGGGGGACAUGCUGGAUGACAGCUCUGUGAUGGCUCGGAUGCAAAAGAAAUUUUGGAAAACCAAGCAGGUGCUGAUUAAAGCCACAGGAAAGAAAGAAGACGAGUAUGUGGUGGCGUCUGAUGCAGAUCUAGAUGCAAAGCUUGAGUUUUUCCGCUCAGUUCAGUCCACGUGCACAGAGCUGCUGAAGGUGAUUGAGCGAUAUCAGCAAAGGAUUUCAAGGUUAUCCCAAGAGGAAAAUGAGCUCGGGCUGUUUCUGCAUUUCCAGGGAGAACAUGAUAAGACUAAAGCUGGAAACAUGAUGAACGUCACCAGCAAAGCCUUGUGCUCCUCCGCGAAGCAACGGAUGGCUCUGUGCGCGCCGUUGCAUCGCUUGCACCAGGAAGUGGAAACCUUUAGGAGGAGAGCGAUCCAGGACACGCUGCUGACGGUCAGUCGAAUGGAGAAGGCACGAACCGAGUACAGAGGAGCGCUUCUCUGGAUGAAAGACGUCUCACAAGAACUGGACCCGGACACGUACAAACAAAUGGAGAAGUUUCGCAAAGUUCAGUCCCAGGUCAGAGGGACCAAAACACAGUUUGAGAAGCUGAAGAAUGAUGUUUGUCAGAAAGUAGACAUGCUCGGAGCCAGUCGCUGUAACAUGCUGUCUCAUUCACUUUGUACAUAUCAGACCACUCUACUCCAGUUCUGGGAGAGGACAGCUCACGCCAUGUCGAAGAUCCAUGAAGCAUUUAAGGGCCACGUUGCCUACCAAUUCACAAGCAUCAAGGACUUGAGGGACCCUCUAGACUUGAUUACAGAAAGUCAAGAAGACAAGAAAGAGGAAGCCCUGCAAAGAAACACAGACAGCUAUGUUCAAAUCAGACACGAGUCCCAAUGCAGGCCUGUGCUCGGCCACAGUUUGGUGUCGUUGGAUGACAGCAAGGCGACGGAACGCUCGUCUGAAGCUCGGACCCCCAGUAUGGAUGGACUGAGCCAAAUAAGUGACAUCGCUCCAGAAUCCUUCCAUCCCUUCACUCCAGCUGCACAAAGCCUUUUCAGUCCGUCAUCGAACCGCAACGGCGACGAUCUGUUGCUUAUGGCCUGUGACGAGGCUCCACCCCCUCCUCCGCCUCCUCCUGUAAUCAUCCCCCUCCUGCCCCCUCCCCAGCCGGGACCCCCACAGCAGCUAUGGGCUUUCCAGUCUAGUCGAGCACAACCGGCCAACACUGGUCUGGACGACGCUGACAAAGGGGACAUGGCGUUCCUCAAAGACCUCCUCAGCCCUGGGCCUGGUUCCUCUGAUGAGUUCACCAAAGAGUGGCAGGAUGUGUUUGGCGUUUUUGACAGUCCAACUGUCCCUUCAUCCGCCCCGAGUGGAGCAGCAGCAUCAGGCAGCAGUGUGGGGGCCUCCUCCUCCACGGCAGCAGCAGCAGCAGAGCCCACCAGCCCCACAGGCUUUCUGCCCUCACAGCUGCUCGACCACAGCCUCAGCGCCACAGGCUGGGCGACACCUCCUAUGUUUCAAACCGCACCAAUGCAGCCCCCUACAGGCCAGAGUCCGUUAGCACAGCCACCACCGAGUGCAGCCAAGACCGGUGCCCCAGGAUCAUCCAAAGACAUGUCCGCUUGGUUCAACUUGUUCGCCGAUCUGGAUCCUCUGUCCAACCCGGACGCCAUCGGACGCUCGGCAGACGAACUCCUGAACGCCUGA